CAGAUACACAAAUACAGAUAUACACUCACACUCCGGGCCUACAAUCCCUUUGGAAAUCACCUGAACAGAGAAUAUAGAGGGACCACAAGAAGGGGACCAGACUGUUGGACUGUUGAUUCAGCAUCCUGAGGGCCUGAAGUGAGGAAGCGGGCGGGUUGGUCGGCUCGUUUGUUGGCCUCAGCUACACCGAUCACACAGCGUUCCAGCAGGUGAAGGACCCAUUCACACGGAACCACCAGCACACAGCAUUUGUAAUUUUCUUCCACGUGAGCUGAGCAGAUUUGAACAACAGGUGGGGCAGCAUUGAUACUGUCUACACUCCAUCAUGGAUCAGGAGGAUGACAAAAACUCUCUGGAUAUCCAUGACAACCCUCCAGCCCCUGACAACGUCGUGAGGGAGGAGGGAGACACCGUUUAUUUCAUAUAUGAGGAGGAGGUGGAGGUGGAGGAGAAGGAACCAGAACCUCCUUCAGAGCCUGUCCUCCGGAUCAAUGACAAACCCCACAAGUUCAAGGACCACUACUGCAAGAAGCCCAAGUUCUGUGAUGUCUGCGCUCGCAUGAUAGUCUUGAACAACAAGUUUGCUCUGAGGUGUAAAAACUGCAAGACCAACAUCCACCAUUCAUGUCAGUCCUAUGUGGAGUUUCAGAGGUGCUUUGGCAAAAUUCCGCCGGGCUUCAGACGUGCCUACAGCUCUCCUCUGUACGGCAGCGACCAACCAGAUCCCAACAACCCAAACCGGAACGACCCCGUUUUUGACACGCUGAGGGUCGGCGUCAUCAUGGCAAACAAGGAGCGCAAAAAGAACGAGGGUGACAAGAAAAACAUUAUGAUGAUGGAGGAGGAAGAAGAAGAGAACCAGCAGCCCAAAGAGAACGAGGAAGGAGGAGAAGGGAAGCCUGAUGAUAAAAAGGAGAAGGGAGGAGACAAAGCCGAUGACAAGGCUAAAGGAACGUUCUCCCACUCCCACUACUAUCUGGCUCUCUACCGCUUCAAGGCCAUUGAGAAAGACGACCUUGACUUCCACCCUGGUGAUCGGAUCACAGUGCUGGAUGACUCCAAUGAGGAGUGGUGGAGGGGAAAGAUGGGCGAGAAGACGGGCUACUUCCCCACCAACUACCUCAUAAAAGUACGCGCAUCAGAGAGAGUUUUCAAGGUGACCCGCUCCUUUGUAGGCAACAGAGAGAUGGGACAAAUUACACUCAAAAAAGAUCAGAUUGUGGUGAAAAAAGGAGAUGAGAAAGGUGGCUACCUGAAGGUCAGCACUGGACGCAAGCUGGGAUACUUCCCCGCUGAUCUGCUGCAAGAAAUCACUGUGACAUAGUUGCAACUACAUGUAAAGAAAGAGGCCACGACACACUUUGAACAUCAGCACAAACUGGACACGUCACUGUUCAGGGGAAAUCCUCCAGAUCUUUAUGCAAUUUGUUAAGCUUGUUGCCUAAAAAAAAAAAAGUACAUUUACUCUGAUUUUGUCAGUCACAGCAGAAAUGCAUUUUCUGUAAUAUAUUAUUACCCUUGAUGUGAAAUGAAGAGGGUGAACAAGAUGGCAAAAGACAAUCAGAUGAUGGACUAGUUUGGUUGUGAUAGCAUAGUGGUACAGAUGCUUCAAGUUACUGCCUGCUAAUUCUAGUUUGCACAAAGUAGAGACAAAGCAAUCAAUUAAUUUAUAUGACAUUAAACAUUAAUAGAGGCUUAAAAUAACAUUAAACCGAUAUAUUUCUGCAUCUCAAAGCAAACUAGUGCUCAAGUUGCUGGACCUGGCAAAUGAAUGUAAAUCAUGCACAAAGAACCUCAAAGAUAACUUCUACUAUGCAGUUAAAAACACACAUUUAGAUGUUUUAAUUCAAUGCCACUGUUAAUUUACAGAUUCCUCUUCUUAUUCGGGAGUCUUCCCUGAAUCAAAUAUAUAUUACAUGGCAUUUUGGCACAAUAAAUGAUGUUUUAGUUGCAGAAAUGAUUGUCAGUGUGUACAAGACUCAUUCAGUCCAUUACAGCUGCAAACACAGACUGUAAAGCCAUUUCACUAUGUACAUAACUUGAUAUAGGCUAAAGAGUGAAAAAUGCAGACAGUUUUUUAGAUUGGGCUUGUACAUAAUUUCGCAUGUGACUCUGACAAAGUGAAUCUGUAUGAAAGAAAUGUGUAUGUGUUAAAAAACAAAAAAAAGCAAUAGUGUUUAAAAUUGUUUGCACCAAUUACUGCUGAUGAAAUUAGCACAAUGCUUAAAGUGUAAACAUUUCAAAUAUUAAACCUAAAGUGCACUUAAAAACUACCUGUGAAAAUUCCUUUAAGUGUUUAAAAAGAAGCAAAAAAAACAAACAACGCUUUGUUUUGUAUUUAGAGAAAAAAGGUUGAAUCUCCACUGCAGCUGCAGGAUGUACCUUUCUUCUUCUUCUCCUCCUCUGGCCCACAGAUCUCGUCUGCUUAUUAACUUUUAAAAUAUCCACAAGUUCUGAGUGCGCAGAAGCUCCUUGUACACUGGACGAUGUUCACAAGAAAUGUAUUAAAGUAAAAAUAAAUUCAGCAGCCGGUUCGUGUUUA